AUGUCUCAAAACACGUGUGCCAACCCGUUGCUUCUUGAAUGGGUCAAGGAGUGGUGGGAGACAGCUCGAGAACGCAACUUCAAAGGCGUCACCACGUACAAGCAUGCCUACGACUCGCUCAAGGCCUGCCCGAUCACCUUUGAGCAUCCCUCGUCGCUCCAGCAGCUGAAGGGCUUCGGGCCGAAACUGUGCGAGCGGCUCACCGAGAAGCUCAGAGAGCAUUGCGAACAGAAUGGCCUGCCCAUGCCGCCACACCCGCUCACGAAGAAAAAGCGAGACCGACAAUUAAUUUCUGCCCAGGAUGACGCGGACGAUGAGCCUGCACGGCCGGCCAAGAAGGCAAAGAAGCCCAAGGCAUAUGUGCCCGCCUACCGGUCUGGCGCAUAUGCACUGGUCGUAGCCCUGUCGAACGCAGGGGAAGGCAACACGGGGCUGUCCAAGGCUGACUUGAUAGAGGCGGCUCAGCCGCACUGCGACUCGUCCUUCUCAGCCCCGGCUGAUCCCACCAAGUUCUACACAGCAUGGAACUCGAUGAAGACGCUCCUGCAGAAGGAGCUGGUGUAUGAGCGCGGCCGGCCUUUAAAAAGGUAUUGCCUGACUGAUGAGGGCUGGGAGGUGGCCAAAAGGAUCCAGGAGGCGGCAUUUCCUAGAGCCAGCGCUGGCGCGACCAACCCAAGCAUGACAAGUGCCGGACCAAGUAUGCCAGCUGCGUUGCCCGCAACGAGCUCUAGAGCAGCAAUGGCCCCUACCGUUGUUCUUGACGACGAAGAUGAGGUUACCACUCCACCACAGACGACCACAGAGUUCAAAGACGUAGUAGCAGACGGAGCCUUCGUACCCAACGAUGUUGCCCUCCCAUCGUUUACGCCAAUCAGGCUGACCCCUGGCUCAUUUACUGUCGAGUUGGUCUUGGACAACCGGGAGAUCCGCGCCAAGACGGACCGAGACUACAUGCAGGAGGAGCUCGCAAAGCGAGACAUAAAGCCCACUGUGCGCGCUCUGGAGCUGGGCGACGCGUUGUGGGUUGCACGGUGCAAGCAGCCUGGCUGGCUGGCCCGCAUGGGCGCAGAGGGCGACGAGGUGGUACUCGAUUGGAUUGUGGAACGGAAGAGGCUGGACGACUUGAUUGGUUCCAUCCGAGACGGCCGCUUCCACGAACAGAAGUUCCGACUCCGGCGUUCAGGGGUAAAGAACGUCAUCUACUUGGUGGAAGAGAUCAGCAUGGACGCGACCCACUAUCAAAAGUACGAGGAGGCGGUGCAGUCUGCCAUGGCGUCGAUGCAGGUAGUUAACGGCUACUUUUUGAAGAGGACGCAAAAGAUGGACGACACCAUCCGCUACCUGGCGUCCAUGACGAAGCUGCUCAAGACAGUAUACGAGGGGAAGACACUCUACGUCAUACCCACGGGAGUGCUGACGACCAAGAACUAUCUGCCGUUGCUAAAACAUCUUCGCGAGACGCAGCCGCUGGCCAGCCACCACAUCAGCUACCCAGCGUUUGCCUCGCUUGCGUCCAAGUCUAACAACAUGGCGCUGCGGGACCUGUUUUUGAAGAUGCUGAUGUGCUCCAAGGGGGUCACGGGCGAGAAGGCAAUCGAGAUCCAGAAGGUGUGGAAAACACCAAACGAGUUUGUCAAGGCGUUUGAGCAGUGCGGCUCGGACGAGGAGGGCAAGAGGCGCAAGAUGGAUCUCGUCUCGAGCAAGCUGGGACACCUCGUCGGGCGCAAGAAGAUAUCCAAGGCGGUUAGCCAUACUCUGGCCGAGGUGUGGGGAGAUCCAUGA